CCGCCCCUCGGCCGCGCCCGCCCCCUCGCUGCUUCGGCGACGCGGUGAACGGCAGAGCCGGCGGGGCUAUGGCUGCGGAGGAGGUGCUGCAGGGCGCGGACCAUUACAAGAGCGAGAUCGAGCGGCUGACCCGGGAGCUCUCCGAGACGACCCACGAGAAGAUCCAGGCGGCGGAAUAUGGGCUGGUGGUGCUGGAGGAGAAGCUCACCCUCAAGCAGCAGUACGACGAGCUGGAGGCGGAGUAUGACGGCCUCAAGCAGGAGCUGGAGCAGCUGAAGGAGGCAUUUGGACAGUCUUUCUCAAUUCACCGCAAAGUAGCUGAAGAUGGGGAAACACGAGAAGAGACUCUACUCCAGGAAUCUGCAUCAAAAGAAGCUUAUUACCUGGGGAAGAUUUUGGAGAUGCAGAACGAGCUGAAGCAGAGCAAGGCGGUGGUCACCAACGUUCAGGCAGAGAAUGAGAGACUCACUGCUAUUGUCCAAGACUUGAAAGAGAAUAAUGAAAUGGUGGAACUGCAGAGGAUACGAAUGAAGGAUGAAAUUCGAGAGUACAAGUUUCGAGAGGCAAGGCUCCUGCAGGACUACACUGAACUGGAAGAAGAAAAUAUCACUCUGCAGAAGCUGGUAUCCACACUGAAACAGAACCAAGUUGAAUACGAAGGCUUAAAGCAUGAGAUUAAACGAUUUGAGGAGGAGACAGUAUUACUUAAUAGUCAGCUAGAAGAUGCCAUCCGGCUGAAGGAGAUUGCUGAGCAUCAGCUGGAGGAAGCUCUGGAAACUUUAAAAAAUGAAAGGGAGCAAAAGAACAAUCUGAGAAAGGAACUCUCCCAGUACAUCAACCUCAAUGAUAGUAUGUAUAAUAAUCAUAUUAAUAUAUCAGUAGAUGGAUUAAAGUUUGCAGAAGAUACAAGUGAGCCCAACAAUGAUGACAAAAUGAAUGGACAUAUCCAUGGGUCUCUUGUGAAACUUAACGGUGACUACCGAACUCCCACGAGUAGGAAAGGAGAAUCUCUGCACCCCGUCUCUGAUCUCUUCAGUGAGCUCAACAUAUCAGAAAUACAGAAACUGAAGCAGCAACUCAUGCAGGUUGAAAGAGAAAAGGCCAUUCUCCUGGCCAACCUGCAGGAAUCUCAGACGCAGUUGGAGCACACCAAAGGAGCCCUGACCGAGCAACAUGAGCGAGUCCACAGGCUCACGGAGCACGUCAACGCCAUGAGGGGCCUGCAGAGCAACAAGGAGCUGAAAGCAGAGCAUGACUGUGAGAAGGGGCGAGACCCCAGCGAGGAAGCACACGACUAUGAAGUGGACAUCAAUGGUUUGGAGAUCCUAGAAUGUAAAUAUAAAGUAGCUGUUACGGAAGUGAUAGACCUUAAAGCAGAAAUCAAAGCCUUAAAGGAGAAAUAUAAUAAUUAUGUGGAAAACUACACUGAAGAAAAGGCCAAGUAUGAGAGCAGAAUCCAGACUUACGAUGAACAGGUGACAAGCCUAGAGAAAUCAACCAAGGAAAGCCAGGAAAAGAUGGUCCAUAUGGAAAAGGAGUUGCAAAGGAUGACAAGCAUAGCGAAUGAAAACCACAAUACCCUCAACACCGCCCAGGACGAGCUGGUGACGUUCAGCGAGGAGCUGGCUCAGCUCUACCAUCACGUCUGCCUGUGCAACAACGAGACACCUAACAGGGUCAUGUUGGACUAUUACAGGCAGAGCAGAGUUACCCGCAGUGGCAGCCUGAAAGGCCCAGAUGACCCACGGGGUCUCCUUUCCCCUCGGCUUGCCAGAAGGGGAAUGGCAUCGCCGGUAGAAGCCAGGACUCCGACCGAGCAGGUGACAAAAGAGGCCCCAGAGCCUGGCAAGGAGCAGAGCCCAACGAAAACACCUACAAUUUCCCCUGUCAUCACUGCCCCUCCUUCCUCCCCAGUCUCCGACAGCAGUGACAUUCGCAAAGAGCCGAUGAACAUCUACAACCUCAACGCCAUAAUAAGGGACCAAAUCAAGCAUUUGCAGAAAGCUGUAGAUCGGUCGCUGCAGCUGUCGCGCCAACGUGCUGCAGCCCGGGAGCUGGCGCCCAUGAUUGAUAAAGACAAGGAGGCCUUAAUGGAAGAGAUUCUGAAACUGAAAUCCCUCCUGAGUACAAAGCGGGAGCAGAUAGCAACCCUGAGAGCAGUGCUGAAAGCCAACAAGCAGACAGCUGAAGUGGCAUUAGCCAAUCUGAAGAAUAAAUACGAAAAUGAAAAAGCUAUGGUGACUGAAACCAUGACCAAACUACGAAAUGAGCUGAAGGCUUUGAAGGAGGAUGCAGCAACCUUCUCAUCCUUGAGAGCAAUGUUUGCAACCAGGUGUGAUGAGUACGUCACGCAGCUGGAUGAGAUGCAAAGGCAGCUGGCAGCUGCAGAGGAUGAGAAGAAGACCCUAAACUCUCUGUUGCGCAUGGCUAUCCAGCAAAAACUUGCCCUUACCCAACGACUGGAGGAUUUAGAGUUCGACCAUGAGCAGUCCCGACGCAGCAAAGGCAAGCUUGGAAAGAGCAAGAUCGGCAGCCCUAAAGUAAGUGAGGAGGCAUCAGCCACCGUGCCAACCAUAGACACUUUCCUCCUGCAUAGUCAGGGCCCACAGCAGCCAAACUUACUGGUCAGCAGUGGCACUCAGAGGAAAAGACUAUUCUCACCUUCCCUUUGUGAUCAGAGCCAUCCCAGGACUUCAGGGACCUACCUCCAGAAAUUAUUAAGAGCCCCCCCUCAUCCCGCCUCCACAGAAUCAUAUCUUCUGAGGGGUCCCCCUUCCAUGAGUGAAUUCAUCCAUGGGCACCGUCUCAGCAAGGAAAAAAGGUUAACUGUGGCCACACCAGAGACCAUCAGGCCAAGGAAAAAUGGUGUUUAAUCCAAGGACUUGAUGACCUUUGUGUGAAGACAUGUGACCUGUGUAUCGGAUCUGCUCUUUGAUGGUUAGAAGAAGCAAUGAUUUAAAAAGAAGACUGCUCAACGGAUAAGACGAAUUAUUUACUGUUAUUUAUUUACUGCAAAAUUGUUAGUAAUAAAUAUAUAAAUUUUACAUUACAUUGUAAAAUAUGUAAUCUUUAAAUAUGGAACUCUAGGUCCUGACUUUCUUUAUGCAUUAAAUUUUUGUCCCCAUUUUUGUGGACCACCAUCUAAUGUCUCUCAGAGCAUCACAGAUUCACAGGCCAACAGAGUGAGAAACACUGUCACAGUCUCUCUGACUUCUUGCGGUAACAGAGGCCAAGGGAUAAAGCAGCUUGAAAAGUAGAAUUGCCUUGAAAAUAUAUUUGUUUAGAGUCUCAUCUGACACCUUAGGUACAUCUUUUUAAGUGAAGAGGCUUGAGACAGUGCUACUGAUUUAUGUCACAGUUUCCCUUGUGAUCAUAAAAUAGUCAGCUUUCUGACUGCAUUUGUCAAAGCUGUAUUCCAUUACAUGGAUUUGGUCUCAGCCAGGCAUCCUGACAGGUGAGCCUGACAGGUUCAAACCAGUGAUUUAUUUUGAGCACUCCAAUUCCAUUCUCAGCAGAGCCCAUGUCAGAAUCAGGAUGAGGAUCAGCAUCAGUCUUGCCAAUUCCUGGAAGGUUAUUAAAAGACCAAAGGAGUAAGACACUAAGUAGGAUUUUAUGUGUUCUGUCUAGUUAUCUUUUUUUCCUGAAGGUAAAAGGAACAGUAAAAGAUGGUAUUCUGCUGCCUUUAGAGAAUGUUUAAAAUGCCUGCUUGUAACAGAGAAUUUAUUUUUCCAGAUGAUAUAUGCAGUAAAACAAACAAGCAAAGUAACAACUCCCACCUUCUUGGGUGGGUUUUCUAUGGCACUGAUGUUGCCAGAGUGCAAGAAACAUCUGGACAAUCCUUUCAGACAAAUGGUCUAAGUUUUGAGUGGUCCUGUCCGGAGCCAGGAGUUGGACUCAAUGAUCCUUACGAGUCUCUUCUAACUUAGGCUGUUCUAUGAUUCUUCUUCAUCACAGAGAUGGCAAAAGAACUAUGUCCAAACUCAUACGCUAGGAGUGGAAGGGAGAAUGAAUCAGGACAAAAUUAAUUGUGUUGGGUUUUAAUUUUGUUUUUUAAAGCCGUGAAAGGUUUCUAUCCUCUGAAGAUUUCAGCCACACGAUUUGUGUGAUUUGCUAUCUUUUCAUUAGCUCCUAGUACGGGGGACUGCGAGGCUGUAGGUGGGAAUGCAUUUGAUGGAGACUAAGAGCCAGAAAGCUGCUUUCUUCAGAGGUAGAUCCUGGCAUGAAGAAUCGCUCAUAAAGCCCUGGAGACUCACUACUGAAGCUAAACUAAGGGCCUUUCAAGAGAGUAAUUUCUUACUUGAUUUCCCCUUGACUGCCAUCAACUUUGAAUCAGCACGUGUGUCCAUCUGACAUCAAGCUGUGGCAAUAUGACAUUAUCUGGGCCAUCUAAUUGAAUUAAUGGCUGCUAACCAUGUGGCUAACUAUAUCACUAAUCCAUUUCCAAAGUAUUGCACUUCGUUUCCUCUAGGUAAUACCCGAGGUAAUGGUAUGCAUAUAGUUUUGCCGUGCAUUUCUUUUUCCCUUCUGUUACUAACAUGUAUUUUUACACAUCAAAAUCUUUAUUCCUCUGAUAGAGAGAUCCAGCCUGUAUUUGUCCAACAGAAUUCCAGCCUACUUUCGCAUUUUCACGAUUACCUGAAGAAUUCAGCGCAUAAAGAAAAAAGCUGGUUUUGGCAUUGUUUAACACUGAAUUAAAAAUGACCUUUCAUUGCAGUUGUAUUCAAAAUCUUUCCAAAUUUUCGUAUACAGGGCUUGAAAAAAAAGUCAGUAGAUAUCUCCUAUUAUCUUACAGUCAGAAAAAUGAAAUACACUUCUCCUGACUUCUUCAGCAAAAGAACAAGACAGAAAAAGGCUACCAUAAGUGCCUUGAUACUAGUUUUUUUUUCUUCUUCUUCUUUUUUUCCAUCUGUUACUUUAGGAUGGGAAUUCUCAAAGUUGAAUUUAAAAUCCUCCAAUUCUGGUUGAAGAUUUGUGUACAGUCCAAUAUUUUACUCUACGGAAGUAGAAAAAGAAAGAAAAUGUGUGACAUUUCUCUCAAAUCCAUAGCCUAUCUGAGUUCUCAUGUUUGUUGACACAACCUGGUUUAGCCUAUCGAGUUUCCACAGAACUAUCUUGAUUUACUUCAGUUUUUGUUCUGUAGGUUUUAGAUUUUUUUUUUUUUUUUUCCAUUUUUGCAAGACCAUUUCAUAGAAUGGUGUUUCUAAAGCUUGUAAAAAUAAAAGCCACUUUUAAUGGCUUUUGACAGUAAAUUUUGGAGAACUGUUCUUUCCAUAAAACACAUUAAACAUGAAAGUUUGCUUGAUUUUCAGAUGUCUUUCAAGGCUGUUUUACAGAAUGGCUUUUACUUCUCCUGAGAAGAGACUAAUAUGGAAGAUAAAGACAGCUCAAGGAGGGCCAUAUAAUAGUGCAACUGCUCAAGCACUCAGACCAUCACUUCUUGUACUUAAUUAAAAGUAUAUGUAUAUCUUAACAGAAAAUCAUCCAAGACUAAUUUCCACUGUAGCUCUGUUAUAUUCAAAUCAAAAAUGAUUAACAAUUUGAUACAAAUAACUAGUUUUUACUUAAUGGUUUGCAUUCUUACCAUCAAAUUCAGCUAAAUUUGUGUAAUGCUGAAGGAAAUUCCGAUAGAGUGAUAUGAUAAUAAAUGCUAAUAGAUUAUCCAAGAACUAAUUUGGACCAUCUGAAGGUAGAAAUUAUUUCUUAAAGCUGAGAAGGAAAACAAUGAAAGAAACUCAGUCAUCCAAUAUGGAGGUCCUAGUAAGUCUCUCAGUUAAGUUUUUAAUUUGAGACACAAGGGGAAUUGCAUAAGAGUUGUCUUUGUUAACUGCCCUUUUACAGGUAGUGGUUUCACCUAAGAGGAGUAAGUUAGAAAUCUGGGAAUGCACAGUCUUACCAAUACGAGGAGCAGUGGGUCUUCUGAGUAGAGCAGUCAUUAUAGGGAGUUAUAGGAAAUGCAAGGUGUUGUGUAACCUCUCCUGACAGAAGGAUUGGGCAACACCCACUGCUGCUGUUUUCAUUUCUUCAUGCUAUAUGUUGAGCUCUUUCAAGGUAUAAUUUUUUAGGAAAAUGCUUUUUAAGAAAUACUCUGUAGAUUCACUGUGAAAACAAAAGUGCACAACCUUUCUCUUAUAUAUGUCUUAAAAUAACGUUGUUGUGGAAGUUGUGACAUGGGACAAGAUUCUUGGCUUCUGUUUCUGCUUUUUUCACAUUGUUUAAGUAGUGGGAAGAUAUGGAAAAUAUGUUCAAAGAGAAUAUUAUGGGUAGAAACUCUUGGUAGGAGAUGAAGCUGGCUUUCCCUUCCCAGUUUGGAUGCAGUGUUUGGGAAAAUGAUCAGGAGUGGUUCAGGCUGAUGCUCAAUGGAAGAGGCUGUCCACAGAGAAGACCCAUGCACCCUACAUAAAUGGAAAGGCAGGGGGAAGGGGAAGAUGUUUUUGAUAGUAGUUUGUGUCUUCUUUCCGUAUGUGGUGAAUAGGGCUUAAGCUCAUGGUUUGUAGCUGUGUGCUUUGUUUUCUUGCUUAGAAAUAUUUUGCAAAAAAUGGCUCUAGCUUUGCUUUAGAACUUAAAUACCAGAAUCACAACACUUCUUGGACAUUUCUGAACCAUGCUACCAUAAAUACUACUUCAGUUACCUAAACUUUGCCUUUUUUAAUAUACUUCUUUCACUUUAGAAGCAGUAGGACUGUUAGAACUCUGAACAGUGAAGAAAGCACGGCUUAUUUAAAAAUUAUUAUGGAAGAAGUUGUUUGAGGAAUAUUAUCAGACGAGGCCUGAAUUUUGUUAGGAGCGUGCACUGAAGAUCUCCAUAACUGAUCAGGUCAUCCUGUGAACAGUUUUCAAAGCAGUUAUUUACUUGCCCUAGUUGAGUUAUCUCCGAGCUUGUACAAUCAACUCUGGCAAGGCUCAUACAAUAUUGGUGUAACAUGUCUCUGCUCUCCAUAGAAAACAAAUUUUGUGUGACUUUUACCAGUGUUUUGAAAAGCUAGAGGGUUUUUUGUUUGUUUGUUUUCAUCUGAACAUGAUGCUCUUCACAGAAAGGAUAAUUCAGUCAUUAUUACCCGUGUUCCACUUUUUGUUCUGCAUUGUUCUAUUUUCUGUGACUUUUGUAAAUAUGACAUAUCUGUGUAUAUAAGUGUCCAUUGUUUAAUGAGUGUUAUUAGUGCAUAUAUACAGAUAUAUGUAUAUACUUUCUUGCUCUUCGGGCCAUGUCUUGCAUCUGAUAUGCUCAUUUAACAAAGCUUAAUGAGCAUUACAUAUUUAUGCCAUUUCAAGCAUGGUACAUUGUCCUUGUGAAGGCCGUUUUGAAUUUGAAGAAGAGUAUCCUUGCCAAGGACAUUAGUUGGCUGUAACUGAUGAAGAAGUCAGCUAGCUAAAUGUACUUUUACCUCUUGGUGCCACUGUGAACAGGACUUUUUUGCUCUAUGCUUUUCCUCUCUUUCACUUAGCUUUCCAGUUGCCACAGAUGAGACCAAAAUCAUUUCAUGCUUAUCAGUAUAAUUUAGCUACUUCAACAUAAUUUAGCUGCUAUGUCAUGAAUUCACUGCAAUUCUAUGGGUUACAUUGAAUUCUUACUUUUAUUUUUCCUUACAUAAAAAGUGGAUCCAAAAUAAAACCUCUUUUAAUAGAAAUCCAGAUCUGUUUGUUGAAAGAUUUGGAAAAAAAAAAGAAAAAAAAAGAAAAAGAUUGCAGUGAAACCCAUGCCUUACUGUUGCAUAUUUUCAUCAAAAGGUUAUUGACAUUUUUCCUUCUAUAUCCAAGUUAUGAUCUCAUUGUUAGCUGGAAUAUUAAAUGUUAACAUAAUUUGCUGAAGUUCUCCAGUAAAUCUUUAUUAGACUCCUGAUUAUUUCUAACAAUAUGGGCAUGCAGGUGAUACAUCAUAUGUUAUAGGUGUGUUACCAGAUAUUUCUUGCUUUCUGUGAAAAUUUUGGGCUUUGGAAUCCAAUGUUAUCUAUUAGCUAAAAUAGCACUUCAGGUUUCUUGAAAAUGUUGAUAACAAAAAUCAUCUGUCUUUAUCUUCUUUUAUGACAAGGUUUAAUGUGGUUUCACGACUUACUGAUUUUUACCAUCAAAUAUACAGGAAUAUUCAAUAUUGCGCUUCUCAUCUCAUAAAAUAGGCAAAGCAGAAGUGAGUAUCUGUUUAAAUUGGACACACUGAUAUUUUAGCUCUCCGAUAGAGCAGUUCCUUGGACUGUUGUGAUGUAUGGAGUAAGUUCACCAGAAAUCUUUAACCAAAUUGAGUAUCUCUAAUAAUAAGUAUUUUCCUGCCUGCAUUUUUAGACCUAUGAAAACUUAUAGUUGUACCUUAUGUUGUUUCUUCCAAAGCCUAUUUAAGCUGUUAUUCCCAUUAGCUUCAAGUUUUGGAUCGGGCCCUUGUUUUCCUGCAAAAUACUGCAAAUAUUUUUGGUUUAAAUAUAUUUGUGACCAUCUGAAAUAUAUUUCAGAAACUAAGGUUUCCAUAAAAAAUGGGUAAUCAUCUCAACAGAAAUGUGAUUUAUUUUAAGACCUUCCUUUUCCUCUUUUGCAAUCUCUGAAAUGUGUGUGUGUCUGUUAGUGAAUAAGUAUCUCAUGAUGCCUCAGAUCUUUCUAAAUGUGCUUUUUAUGAACUGUGUAUAAAAGAAACUGAAUGUAUUUAUUGUUUCAGCUUCUACCCAUUCCCAUUUCUGCUGUUUUACUAACCCAUUAUUUAGCUUCUUGACAGAUUUAAUGAGGAAUUAUUUAAAGCAUUCAAAGAAACCAUUUGAAAAAUGACAUAAACUUAUCGUGAUAUAAAAAGUGUGAAAAAACCUACAGAGUUGACAAUUGGUCUUUUAAUGGUUUUAGUUUAAACUUGGAGAAUAAAUGUAUCUCACAGAUUUUAUUAACGAGUAAGAAAAAAUCUUAUAUUAUUAUUACUGUUCUUAAUAUGAGCUCCAGUAAAGAGCAAGACUGGCAUAUAGCUUGGAUAUGUCAAUACUGAAGCACAUGAAUUGAUGGGAAACAGCUCUCAAGGCUGGGGAUAAUUUAGAUCUAAAAAUAAAGUAGAAGUCAAGUCUUGCAAGGUAAGGGGGGAGAGAGUAUUUUGUUACUGCUGCACAGAUGAAAGAGCUCCAAGAAUAUAGCCAAGACACCCGACAUAGUAUAGGAAGCCACUGAGUAAGAGAUGUACUAAGCUAUGUCUGUCAAUGCCAACGUGUCACGUAGUGCACAGAGUUCUUAAUGAUGCUCCAUGGGUUUUAUGGGUUUCAUUGUGGAAUUCAAAUAAGGCAGAUAGCACUUCUCUAAAUGUUAUAAGAAAAUAGCUAUGAAAUACCCUGCCUGUUCCAACAGGCUUGCUCAUCUGGUCUUACUUGUGAGAAGCAGUUAGCACGUGGCUUUCUGUGAUGUUUACUCUGAGAGUAUUCUGUCUGGCAUAAUCUGGAAGGCAAAUGGGAGAAAAGAGGAGGAGCAGGUGACAGAAGCUUGGGUGCGUAGAAACAGAGGGACAUUCCUGGGCCACUUUGGAAGACAACAAGCAGAAGUGACAAGAGACGAAGAUCAGUGUGCAAAUGGGAGUUUAGCAGCAGGCUCACAACUCUCAACAUUUAUUCUUCAAAUAUUGAGAAGACUAAGAAAUAGGUUGUGGAAGAAUUCUUUUUUGUUGUUGUUGAAACAUCUUCAACUAACAAAAAUCAUCUAAUUUCUCUGAAUAGUAAGUUUAAGAUAUGAAUUACUUGGAUGUUUGUAAGGCUUGAAAUAAAAAUUUCAUAGUAUGUCAUAUUCACUAUGAAGUAAGUCAGAACUCAUACCUCAUAGAUAAAUAUGUCUAUCUACAAUCAACCAUCUAUCAACUAUCCUUUUUUUUUCCAGUUUAAUGGAAGGAUAGAACUGAGGGAAAAGCCAAGGGAGCUGACUACUGAAAAAUGUUUAAGAGCUAACUUACUACAGGUCAUGUUUAUGUGGAAUGUUAUAGCUGCCAGAAAAGGACUGGCUCUCACAGAGUUCUGCAGCAUCUCUGUUUCUUGACUCAGGCCCCCUGGCACUGCUGGUUUUGCUCUGAGAUCAGGACAACUCGAGUCAAUCCUGCUUUAAGAGAGCUGAGAUCUGUGAGGCUGGCUAGGCUCACGAUGGCUCCACUGGAGUCCUCUCCUUCCAGGAAUACCCUGCAGAAACACAGAGCUGCACUCACUUUGCAGCUGACAGGCUUCCCAGCUGGAACUUUUUACAGGGCAAAAGUGACUGCGUUAUUUCCAGACCCAAACUGACCCUGGAAACAGGAGAAGGGAGAGACUCUUCUGAUCUUUGACCUGUACCAUUGUUGAUGCCUUUUUCCUAAGGUGGACCAUAGCUGUCCUCUCAUCAGUUGUUUGUGAUAACCGUUAACACUGAAAGUUCCUCUUGGCCUUGAAGAAGGUCAAAGUUAUCUUAUAGAAGCAGAAAUAAAUGAUAAGUGAAACUAGCUAGUCAAAUAUUAGCCUAAACAUCUUUUUUCAUGAACUAUGAAAGAUAGAUAGAUAAGAAGAAGACAUUUUUUUCCCUCUAGACAUGAAUAGACGUGUCUCAUCCUAUCAGAUUGCAGUUUGAAAGCACCUCUACAAGUCUCAACUCAGCAAGAUGGGCAUGUGUUUUACUAGCUUCUGCCCCAUUCUCCUUGGCAUAUCACAUUUGUCUUUUGAGUUUGGAAGUUCUCCUUGUUCCUUGCCUUCGAAUAGAGGGGAUUGAUUCAUUGUCUUCAUAGGCCUCUGAUGUGAGGCAAUGUGUUUCUUGCCUUUGCACAGCCAGAAGACUCCUUGUUUAUUUUUUUUGCCCAGUACUUUUGACUCUUCCUUCAUUCUCUUCUAUUAAACUGUCGUCUCAGAGAAUAAAAUAAUAAAUUACCGUAUAAAUGGGGACAGCUUCUCUUUUCAAGUAAAUUGUGAAUUACAUCUUCACAGACAUGUUGUCAAAUUCCUCAAAGUCAGUUGACAUUGGAUAGUGUGACACAAAGCUAUAGAUUCUCUAAAACAUUUAGCUAUUAUAGAAAGGCUUUCAGUUAUCCUGGAGUGAUUGAUGACAUAUUCAAGAAAAUGUGUUUUAAAAGACUGAAAAAAGCCUCUAUCUGUUUGUUUUUUUCCCCUUCCAAUUAAAAAUAUAUUUCCCUAGUGUUUUCCAUAUCAGAAAUACCAAACACUACCUGUUUAAAAAACAACAAAAACUUUGUUGAUUGGCUCAGUUUAGUCCUUUGAGAUAAAAGAGAAAACCUUCUCUAAAGAUAGCUAGGCACAAUUAAAACUGUUGUAUAUUAGUGAUUCAUUCCCAGCAUCUCCAGUAUGUUUCUCAGGAUUCUUACUAUUCUUGGUCUUAGUGAUCUUCAUAGAAUGCUGUCAAAUUUACUGAAUGUCAAAACGUAUUGAAGUGUUCCACUGCAUUCUAUUGAGUCUUGAGCAGGUGGGACUAAAAAUGUUUGCACAUAGAAUAUUCACCAGGGACAUUGCUGAUGUCAACAGAAGGCAAGCCCAUCUAUCAGAUGCUAAUAACCCCAUUUAGCAGCCCUGUGUUGAUUAGAGUCAUCCAGUUUAUGGACUGGAGGGCAGAGCACACAUUGUGACACGAGGGAAAUGCAUUGUUUUGGUGGCUGAGUCAAAGGGAAGCACAGGAAAAUAUUUUUUUCUGAGAUUUGCUCUCAACAAGUAAUUUAUAGUUGCACAUGCAGUUCUCAUAUGAACAGAUGUAGCUUCACUGAGCUUGUUAUUUUAAUGCUCUUACAUCAGGAGCUGAUUAGCCCAAUUAAGACUGGGUUUUAGAUUCCUAAUGAAAAUCAACACUGCCUAAUGUGUGAAAGAAAAUCUCUGAGUCCUUCACAUCUCCAUUCCUAGCAAAUGGCUAAAAUGUUAAGAACUGAAAAGCCUGAACAAGCCAAACUUACAGUAGAAUUCAUGCCUCUGAAGCUCCAAAAGGUGCUGUGGUGAUCUGAUAUUGCCAUAGGACUCUAUACUCACUUCAUCCUGCUGAACUCAUUAAAAAUUGUUGUGUGCAUUUUGUUUGUAGCAUAGCUCCUCUUUGCUUUUUAUGAUCGAAAUCAUCACUGACUUGCAUUUCUUUGUCACAGGUUCAUGGAGUCAUAAAAGCACUCUUAGGAGCUCAGCCAGCUCGUACCAUGUCCCAGUCACUCACUGCCUCACAGCAAGUGGAAAUGAUAGGGAAAUAAAGGAGUUUGUAUUUAAUAACUCAGUGCUUUUCUCUGAGGUCAUGCCAUAUAUAAUCUGUUUCUGCUCCCCAAGUGUCUUCUACAAAAAUGUCAAUGUGUCCUUUCAGUUAGUAGCUAGAUUGAUAUUCCUACAGGCUUAAAAAUAGUGGGAACAGACCUCUUCCAGUUUAACAUUUUUUUGUUUUCAUACAAGCGUGUCUGACUUUCCUUGUCUUUAUGGCAUGUGGCAGUAAAGGCAUGUUUGAAACUAUUAAUCUUCAGUAGACUGUUUCAGAAGAAAGCAUUCUUUUACUUGACAGAAUCAGAAGUUCCAUAGUAGAGCAGAAAGACCAAAUGCUGUCUUCCAGUUUUCACCAUUAAGCACAGUAUAACAAGAAGUCAUUUCACGACUGUCAUGGCUUUAAAUAAUAGGGUUGCAAAUCCUGCAGAACAUUUAAAAGGAUUAAACACAGAAGGAAUAAAGUUAGCUCUGGCACAGCUGCUUGGAUCUAAGUAGAUGGGAGCCUCUUUGAAUUUCAGAUGUGUAUGUGUAAGCCAUAUGCAUUCUGCUUAACUAUUUCCUACCGUAGUGCUCAGGUACUUCACUCUGAGGGAAUGUAGAAGAACAGUUCAGCCUUUUUAAGUCACGUGGGCCACUAGUUACAGGUGUGACUGAGGUUGAGCCAGAUUCUAUGCGUGUUGCUGACACCAAGGAGAACUGCCGCCAUGUGAAGUAGGGAGCUUGCUUUUGUUGAACAUUUCUUACCCAGGCUUCAUGAUGCCUGCAGAAUCUGGCUCUAUGUUUGUGUGCUCUGCCAAGUCUAGCAGAUGAAGAGGCUUCAUAAAAUGUUUGCGGGAUGCUGAGAUAUUAGAAUAUGAUCAUAAAUCAGGCAUUUGCGUUAUUCCUGGCAAAGCCUGUUAGAACAGUUUCUUCUGUAUCUGUGAAACCUAUCCACACCUUUUCAUCACACAGCAUUCUGCUUUCUUCUUUUUCUCACUCUCCUGUUAAGUUGUUGGAGAAAACUUCGCUUUGGACUUCAGCAAACUAGUUCAUUUAGAAUACAACAUUAAUUUUUUCUCUGGCCAUCAUUUUCCUUCUGUAGUUACAGGCUUCUCUGUCUAUCAGGCACCACUUUCCUUUCAGCUGAGCUUUGUGCUGAAUGACCCUUUUAUUGGGGUCUGUAUGGGUUGUAAGCUCUUGCAUUCCUGUGCUGCAAGGACCAUAGAGGCCAUCUUAGCAUAUGAGAGAAUGGCACAAUAUCCUUUCUUCUUCUGCUUCUUCUUCCCGACACAAUGGUACCUGCACUAGCUGUACAUAAAUAUUUCUGAAGUAGUUAUCUAUGUACUUGAGAAUAUGUCCAAAACCCUCUCCUGCUAUCUGAAGCAGGAAGAAACUAAUGAUUUGGUUAUGCAUGCUUCCACCCACUGGAGAUCAGCACAGAUUUUGAUGAGAAGCAAGGAGAAACAUUCUGGUCUUGUACAAAAAGGAAAUGUCAUGGUGCUGGAUUUGUUGCUCACUCUUUGUGGGAAGCUGUGUUGUUUUGUUAUCAUCCAGAUUCCUGACAGUAGAUUACUCACAGGUUCUUCCACUUGACUGAGACAAAGAGUAGAAAUGCAUUUCAGAGGCCAUCAAUAUUGUAAAGGGAAAAGGUUACUGGUGUUGAGCUUUAAUGGUGUUUAGCAGCAAUUAGAAAAUGGAAUUCUUUCCUAUCACAUGAAGUUUGAUCAUCUCAUUUUAUGUAACUCCUUCCCACUGAACAGUUAGGUUGAGAACAAUAGAUCUCAAACUGCACUAGAGACAAAAAGUGACCUCUGGCAGUUCUCCGGGUGGUCUGAGUUUCUCUAAUGCUCAGAAGGAUGCUGACGUGUGUGCUCUCUGACAAUCUGAAUCAUGCAAGCCAUGGCCAGAUUAAUGUAGGGAAAACUUUUUUUGACACUUGUAAAUCGUACUAGAAAAUAAUGAGCCCCAAAGCAGAUUUUUUUCAUGUUCAGCUACUUCUCUUAACUCCUUCAAAUACUAUGGAGUACCUGCUGUAUGAAUUCCUCCCUUCCCUUCUCUACGAGAAGACAUUCUCAAAAGCACUGUUUAGAAGUUGUGAAGACUUGCAAACUUCUCACAGAUCAUGAUGAGAUGGCAUCUGUAAUAACUGCUUUAGGGAUAGAAGUUCUUUGGAGAAAUUUUGGGUAGCUUUAUUGACAUUUUUAUAUUAGAUGUAAGCAAAACGACUUUAUCAUCUGCAGAAGAAUGAUGGGUAUAAGGUUUAAAUUCACAUCCUGAAUCUAGCCCACUAUAGCUGUGUGUUUAAAAUAAAAAAAUGUUAAGGGAAGACAAAUGUAAAUGUCUUCACUGCUUCUGAAAAGAAAAAAAAAAGGCAACAAUUAUUGUUACUGCUAUCAAGAAAAAGGUGUUUCUGUCAGAUAAGGAUCACACGAACAUUCCUCACUAAAUCUCUCCAUCAGAUGCACAGCCUGUGUAUUGCUGUUACUAACCCCUUGCUCUGUAAUCUCUCUGUAUAUAUGUC